AUGAAUAUUAUAUAUGUUGCACUUUGUCUAAUUUUUAAUUUUAAAAGACUUUGUAGCUCAUAUGGACUUAAUAUAAUAUAUGAAGACGAAUUGAAAUGGGAUUCUGAAAAUAGUCUAUUAGGUCAUUCACUGUAUUCAGCUUCAGAAUCCUCUAGUACUGAGGAGUCCAGUCAUAAUUCUAAUAGUGAAUCUAUGUUUGGUUAUUUUCCACAAGUAAGUGACUCUCAGCAAUUCACUUUUCCCGAUAUAAAUAGUUGCGACGAAGAAUGCGGACUUCUAAGUAAAACCUUUACGAUCCAUACUUUUGAAAAUGAUAUUGUUACUCCUGAUCCAAUCUUAACUAAGUCUGAGAAAACUAUAGAUUUGAUUACUUUAAAUUUACUUUUGAUGAAUGUUAACUACAAUGAGCAUUACUUUAAAGAUAUUUCGACAAAGCAUACUGGUACAAAUAAUUUUACUAAUCUACCUACCACUCCAGCAAUCUUACAAUCAGUUAUUAGUUCUGCGGAAUUAUGGAGAAUCCUAGUUUUUCAGGCAUAUCAGGGUGGUUUACUUUUAUCUAAGAAAUCAUUGGAUCAAUCAGAUAUCUCAAUUAUAGAGGAAUUAAUCUUACCUAAUAAGGAAGUCAAGAGCAAUGAAAUUAUAGCUGAUCUCCUAGUCCAAAAUUGUCAAAAGUUAAUGUCAUUAUUUUUUGAAUUUAAAGGUGCGAAUACAACUGGUAACCAUAGUGAUAGCAUGAAGAACUCAUCUAGAGAGUCUAUCUUUUAUUCACUUUGUUUAACUUUUACAAAUAAGACUAAAGUAUAUUUACAAGAGCUACAAUUAUGA